UCAGACUGAUACGAGCCCUGGUGGCAUUUAAAAACAUCGAAGCUCUGUCAGAAGUGAGAACCAAGACACCAAGCACAGCCAUGGCCUCAAGUCUCUCCCUUAUUCUUCUGGUGCUAUGCGGUUUGCCCAUGGCUCAGGCCCAGCUCAAGGUGUUUAACUUGCGUGCCACUGGUCUCCCUUCUGACAUUUUGGGAAUCACAGAUGGUUACGUGAAGGUGUUUUGUGGCUCCGCCACUCUUGGCAAAACAGAGGUCCGUAAGGACACUGUUAACCCUUGGUGGGAGGAGGAGUUCUCCUAUUUCAAAGCCCAGGCGCAAGACGUAUUGAGACUUGAGGUUUAUGAUCGUGAUUUGGUCUUUGAUGACCUGCUGGGAGUGUGCCAGAGACAGAUCAGACCUGGAACCCAUGCACAUGACUGCUUCCUGAAGAAAGGUGGCACCCUCCAUUAUGUCUACACCCUCGGCCAAAACAAUUAGUACGCAUUCAAGCUGACAGUGUUCUUUUACCCGUCAUUAUCCUUUCCCCAGAGGACCUCGAAGAAGGGAUACACUAAACUGUGGAUGUUUGACUCAAAAGUUUUUGUUCAACAAGGAAAUAAAGUCUGUUUCAAUAAUCAAACGACA